AUGCUGGUUACUACUGCACCUGUUGCUGGCACUCCUGUUGUGCCUCCCCUCCCCACACCUUCCAUAUUUGACAUCUGCAUCUUGCGCAUAUCAUCCGAGGCUGCACAUGUCAUCAACAAAUGUGUCUUGGCUGGUGGUAUGCCUGGAUCUGAACAUGCCCACACAGCAAUGUUGGCGUCUUCGCACACCAGAAACAUCAAUCCUAUUACCGGUUUGCGCAAACACCGCCACAAUCCAGAGGGCAUGUUCUGCACCACAGUGGGUUGCAACAAAGGGGACCAUGACCACGGGCAUUGCUAUGUGAAGGGGGGAGGUAUGGAAGGACAAGCACCCUGGAUGAAGAAUAAAAGGAGAGACAAGGAGAAGGAGACGGCUGCCACUGCAGUCGUCACAUCUCCCACAGCCAAUAACACUCCUCCUACAUUACCUCCAUCCAUGGCCAUAGCCGCCUUCACAGGAACUGAAGCUGCUGCUUUGAUGUUUCUCACUGAUCUCUCCUGUGCAUCUAUCACCGAGACGGUGGGUGAUCCCAACACAGUGACUGCCCUUGCAAAUCUCAUCACAGAGGGAUUCAACACCAUCCUUGAUUUAGGGAUGACAACUACCCUAAUCCAAUCUUUUGCAAGCCUCAGAAGGUAUCGUGCUACUUUGGACAACACUUUUGCAGCUUCGGUCGCAUCGGACAAGUUUCUUGGUACUUCGGAAGUAGUCUCGGAACUACGGAUGAACAUUAAAGAGGUUUUCUUCCAAUAUCUUGUCUACUCUGUUGUCUCUUGGGACGAAGUGUUACAAGAACAUCUAGAUGCUUGGGCCCCUACCAUUUUUCUCCUGAUCCUCCUCGUAUCAGCCCUUGCAUCAUACCCUCACCCCGACCUUACCCUGGUCAUCCUCGUCAUUCUCGCAUUCCCUUUCGCUCUCUACCUGUCGCUUCAGCAGAGCCAGUACAUCUGGCCAGAUCCUUUCGCUGACGAAGCAUAUCCAUGCUCCGUUCCACCACCUGACUGA